AUGAUGAAACUUGAUAGAAUAUUAAUAAUUUUAAUCGUCAAUGCGAUAUUUUGGAGCUUAAUUAAUUCUGUUAAAAAUAAUAAAGAUAAAAAUGAGUUAAUUAAAGUUGGGGAAACCUCAAAGGAUAACGAUGGAGCUGAAUCAUCGGUUAAUGCUCAAAUUCGAACGUUGAAACCAAUACCAAUAAUUACAAAAAAGGGCAAAAAUAAAGAUAAUAAAGAAGAGAAAAAGAUUAAAAGAAAAGAAUAUAUAAAAAUUUACGUAAAAAAUAAUAAAGAAAGGAAGCAAAAAUAUGAUCAAGAAUACCGAAAAAAUAAUAGAGAGAAAAAGCAAGAAUAUGCUCAAAAAUAUCGUCAAGACAAUAAGGAAAAAAUACUAGAAUAUGCUAGAAAAUAUCGAGAAAAUAAUAAAGAAAAGGUGGCAGAAUACCGUGAAAAUAAUAAGGAAAAGAAGCUAGAAUGGAAUCGAAAAUACCGAGAAGCAAAGAAAAAUAAAAAAGCAAAUUUACAAAAUGUUGAUCCAAUAGUAGAAAAUGUUCAUUCUGAUAAUGGAGAAACUUCUUUUGUUAAUACACAGAAUGAUUUUGGAAAUAAAGGUAAAUUGCCGAUCGUUUAUGAAGAGGGCAUUCGGUCUGAAGAAGGAAAUCUUAUUAAUCGAGAGGAGGAGGAAAAAGAAACUAAUUUGGAUGAGCAAAAUCAAACGUUAGUAGAGGAGCCAAACAGAAUUCCUAAGAAUUGCAUGAAACAGAUAAAUUUAAAUGAGCAUUCUUUUGAUCUGAACGAGAAACCUGAGGAUGAAGAUGAGGAUUGUUAA